AUUAUUAAGAUAGUCUUACAAACUAGUUAAUAUUUCUUGAUAGCUAUUUUCAUACUGGCGUGUGAGUUUGAAAUGCUUUAUCAAAGACAAAGUUGAUCCUUAAAAAUGUAGUGAAAGAUUCACUUUUGGUACAUUUUUUUCGUUUAUAACAAUGGAUAGAAAUUGUACCCCUCCAGCAAUAAAUGAAUUUCCAAAAGAUUUAUUCUCAAAAACAACUCGGGAACAUGGAGCUGUGCUGAUUCAUAUAUUCGUUACCAUAUAUCUUUUUACUGCUUUAGCCAUGAUUUGCGACGAGUAUUUUGUGCCAGCGGUAGAAAGAAUAUGUCAUGUUUUGAAGAUACCACAUGACAUAGGUGGAGCAACAUUUAUGGCCACAGCCACUUCUUCCCCAGAGUUGUUUGUUAACAUUGUGGGUACUUUUAUUACUGAAGGAGACAUCGGAUUGGGCACCAUCGUGGGUUCCGCAGUGUUUAAUAUUUUAGCAGUUACGGCUUGCUGUGGAUUCACUACAGCAGCAGUGGGUGGAAACAAACUAAAACUGGACUGGUGGCCUUUGACAAGAGAUUCACUGAUAUACGGAAUUUCUGUUUGUUUGCUUAUUAUAUUCUUAAACAAUGAGAAAGUAGAAUGGUAUGAAGCACUGAUUUUAGUACUUGUAUACAUUGUAUACCUAGUGUUCCUAAUUUUUGAUAAAUUCAUUCAACAGUUUUUUAAAGAAAAUUUUUGCCAAAACUGCUUAAGUCAAAGUAACACAACUUGUGAUAAUACCAUCCCAAAGAUUAGUAGUAAUUUAGAAACUUCCAAAAAAGAUGAAACUAAGGAUGAAUCUGAAGAGAAAAACGAUAUCACAUUAUGGAAGUAUCCCUCAGAAAUAAGCAAAAUCAGACAGGUUAUUUGGAUAAUAACUUGGCCGAUAAAUUUUGCCUUUUUUCUAACAGUUCCUCAUUGUGAAAAAGUGAAAUCUAACAAAUGGAUUCCUGUAGCGUUCGUGAUGUGUAUUUUAUGGAUUGGUAUGCUCUCUUACAUUCUUUCAUGGAUGAUAACAGUAAUAGGGGAUACGUUGCGUAUACCAGACUCCGUAAUGGGUAUAUCAUUUUUAGCUAUUGGCGCAGGAGUACCGGAAGCAGUAUCGAGUAUAGUAGUCGUCAAAAAAGGAAAGGGUGCUAUGGGAAUUAGCAAUUCUUUGGGGUCGAAUACAUUUGAUAUUUUGCUCUGCUUAGGAGUCCCUUGGUUAUUAAAAGCAACUGUAGUUUCCUCUAAUAAAUGGGUAAAUAUCAACUCUUCGGGGCUUCAAUAUAGUACAGUUACUCUUCUAGUUACACUCAUAGCUUUUUAUUUUGCUUUAACUUGUAAUAAAUUUAAAUUAGACAAAUGGAUAGGACUCUACUGUUUAAUCAUUUAUAUUUUGUUUGUGAUUUUAGCCACUUUGAUAGAGCUGAAUGUAUUUUUUCCAGUUAAUUCACCUACCUGUGGUAGAUAGAACUAUAUCAUAUUGGUAUAUAAUAUAUUAGAGUAUUUAUGAAUUAUAUUUUUCAUAGAACCAAUAAAUCAAAUAUAUUUUU